AUGCCGGAAACCUCCGAGAACGAGGAAUGGAGCCAUAAGAGGGGCUUAACCGGGGGGGGGGGACUUUGGGUGUGUUGUGCAUGUGUUCCCUGCCCGGAAAUACCCCCCAGACUGAACGCUCUCCUUCUUUCUCUUUUCGGCCAUUCUCUCUCCACCCAUCCCCUUUUACAGCAGAUGACGGCCCGGCUGAUGCUGGCAGUGAGCGGCGCGGUCAUCGGAUCCUUGCAGUUUGGUUACAACACCGGCGUCAUCAACGCCCCCCAGAACGUGAUAGAAGAAUUUUACAAUGAAACGUGGUACAGCCGCUACGGGGAGUACAUCAGUCGUGGCACCCUCACCACGUUGUGGUCUCUCUCCGUCUCCAUCUUCUCUGUCGGAGGGAUGAUCGGAUCGUUUUCCGUUGGGCUCUUCGUCAACCGCUUUGGACGGCGAAACUCGAUGCUGAUGUCGAACAGCCUGGCUUUCCUGGCGUCCGUGCUCAUGGGCUUCUCGAAGAUGGCCAGCUCCUUUGAGAUGCUGAUCCUUGGCCGUUUUGUCAUCGGGGUGUAUUCCGGCCUCACCACGGGCUUUGUGCCGAUGUACGUGGGUGAAGUCUCGCCCACAGCCCUCCGUGGAGCUCUCGGGACCCUCCAUCAGCUCGGAAUCGUCAUAGGCAUCCUGGUAGCGCAGGUCUUCGGCAUGGACUUGAUCAUGGGUAGCGCGAACUUAUGGCCGCUCCUCCUGGGCUUCGUCUUCAUCUUCGCCUUGAUGCAGUGCAUCUUGCUCCCCUUCGCGCCGGAGAGCCCCCGCUUCCUCCUCAUCAACCGUAACGAGGAGAACAAAGCCAAAAGCGUUUUGAAGAAGCUCCGAGGGACGACGGACGUCAGCAGCGACCUCCAGGAGAUGAAGGAAGAGAGCCGGCAAAUGAUGCGGGAGAAAAAAGUGACAAUCCCGGAACUUUUCCGCUCGCCCAUGUACCGCCAGCCCAUCCUCAUCGCCGUCGUCCUCCAGCUGUCCCAGCAGCUUUCGGGCAUCAACGCGGUGUUCUAUUAUUCCACGAGCAUCUUUCAAAAAUCAGGAGUGCAACAGCCGGUCUACGCCACCAUCGGCUCAGGGGUGGUCAACACGGCCUUCACGGUGGUCUCGCUGUUCGUCGUGGAGCGUGCAGGCCGGAGGACGCUCCACCUCGUGGGCCUGGCAGGGAUGGCGGGCUGCGCCGUUCUCAUGACCAUCGCCUUGGCGCUUCUGGAUCAAAUGGCCUGGAUGUCUUACAUCAGCAUCAUCGCCAUCUUUGGCUUCGUGGCGUUCUUCGAGAUCGGCCCGGGCCCCAUCCCGUGGUUCAUCGUGGCCGAACUCUUCAGCCAGGGCCCCCGGCCGGCCGCCUUUGCUGUGGCUGGCCUCUCAAACUGGACUUCCAACUUCAUCGUGGGCAUGGGCUUCCAGUACAUCGAGGAGCUCUGCGGUGCCUACGUCUUCAUCAUCUUCAUGGUGCUGCUGAUCAUCUUCUUCAUCUUCACCUACUUUAAGGUGCCCGAGACGAAAGGCCGCACCUUCGAUGAGAUCGCCUCCGGCUUCCGCCAGGGGGGCGCCAGCCAAGGCGACAACAAGACACCGGACGAGUUUCACAGCUUGGGGGCGGACUCCCAAGUCUAAGAGCGAGAGAGACCUGCUUGCCUCUCCUUUGCUUCCCUUCUCUUCCCGCCUGUUCUCGAUGCUUGUAGCAGAAGCCAAGUCUCAAGGGGAAGUGAGCGCUCCCGGCGGCCGCGGCCGAGCCUGGGUUCCUCGGAGAGGGGGGGCGCAAACUGACACCUCCCUCGCUAAGAACGGUUAGCUGGUUUCACGUCCAGGAUUUCAAUGCCGACGCAAUGCGGAAGCAACGGCUCGUUCUCAGACCAAGACUCCUCUGUGUUUUGUUGGAGGGGAGGGGCGGGGGGUGGAUUGACGGCACUUCUUUCCUCUGCGACCCUUUUUGAAAGGCAAAUGAAAGCAGGAGCCCACCCUCCGCCAUUGCAAAACUGGAAAUUUAGUAUUUUGAAGUACAAAACCACACACACAGACACAAAAUCAAUGGUUUAUGAUUGUGAAAAAUCAGCUUUUUGGGGGCGGGGAAAUCAGCAUUUUUAAUGGCUAGGGAAUGGGGAGGGAUUCGACUUUGGUGCCAACUUUUACCAGCAUCCAGGCAUGAAGUGGCUGGACUUUUAUUUGACUUUUUAGAAAGUUUGUGGGCCCCGAAUUAGUCCUUUACCUCCAGCAUUCUCCAGUGUUCCAAAUUAUCUGUUGCAAAAACACAGUUUUACUCCAAGUAAACUCUCUCCCUUCCUGCCCCAGCGUUUUCUAGAGAGCCCAGCAAACAUCGAAUUGCUUGGCAGGAUGGGAGACAGGAUUGGGGAGUAAUGCAUUACAAGUAACUUACUUUCAUUAUGGAAUUACUUCCCUUUUUUAAUUGUUUACCAAUAUGGUGGCUUUCUAACGGUGACGUGUCCAGGAAGCUCCCAUGCAAUGCGACCUCCCACGCCUUCCAAAUGGAUUCAGAGAUAGACUGUCUCUGAAGCUGGAGGCUCCAUUGAACAAAUGCCUUCAUCCCCUGUUCACAACAACAUUCAAACGUGAAUUACAUGUUUGAAGGAUGCCUCGAGGGCAAGAAGGAAGCCCAGAUAACACGACCUAAGCCAUGCAUAUCAACUUUCUCCCCUGAGAAGGCCCUCCCCCAUUUUUCCCCCAAAAGACACAGUUCUAUUGUGCCUGAUCUUGUGGGGCCCCCAACUGGCAGUCUUUGCUUUUAAUACCAUCCUGGAUUCAGUGAACCAAAAAUCAAUCAAUCAAUCAAACAAAAAUACCAGUGAGAAUUGUUGCACACAUUUCCUGCUUACUGUUGUAUAGACUGGAAAAUAUUUAUAUUUUAUAUAUAUAUUGUAUUUUGUUUUUUGUUCCAACCGUGUUAAUAGUGUGGUUUCAGAUGGACAAGCAACUUACUGUAAAUAUUCUUGGAUUCUAUUCACACACUGUAUGAUAAACAGAACUAAUUUCUAUAACAACUGUAAUGCAAGACUUGUAUAGGAUUACAAAGACCUCUAACAUUUUUUUGUAGAGAUAAACUCACCUGCACUGUAGUUGUAUCUGUUGCACUGACAUUUUAGAUUUUCCUUGUUAUAGAACUUUAAACAAACAAACCCGGCUCCCUUGAAGAAAUGUAUUUUUUAGAAGCUCUUGA